CACAAAGCCUCUUUUGCUCUCUGUUUAUCUCACUACCAAAAGUUGUGUUUCUGCUACGAAAACAAGUACAAACCUUUUUGUGCAGGAAAAAACAUGGCAAUUCUUGGUUUUCUCUUGGUGGUUCUUUCUUUGAGCUCUUUUGCUUGUGGGUAUGGAGGAGGUGGCGGUGGUUGGGUUGAUGCACAUGCCACUUUCUACGGCGGAGGUGAUGCGUCCGGUACAAUGGGUGGGGCUUGUGGCUAUGGAAAUCUGUAUAGCCAAGGCUAUGGAACUAACACUGCAGCUCUGAGCACAGCACUGUUCAACAAUGGGUUGAGCUGUGGGGCUUGUUUUGAGAUUAGGUGUGUGAGUGACCCCAAAUGGUGUCGUCCGGGAUCAAUUAUGGUCACGGCCACCAAUUUCUGCCCGCCAAACAACGCUCUUCCCAACAAUGCCGGAGGCUGGUGCAACCCGCCGCAGCACCACUUUGAUCUCGCCCAGCCCGUCUUCCAGCGGAUUGCUCAGUACCGAGCUGGAAUCGUGCCUGUGUCUUACAGAAGGGUGCCUUGCUUAAAGAAGGGAGGGAUCAGAUUCACAAUCAACGGUCAUUCAUACUUCAAUUUAGUGCUGAUCACAAACGUUGGAGGUGCUGGUGAUGUUCAUGCAGUUUCCAUCAAAGGGUCAAGAACUGGCUGGCAACCCAUGUCAAGGAACUGGGGCCAAAACUGGCAGAGCAACUCUUUCCUCAACGGCCAGAGCCUCUCCUUCAAGGUCACAACCAGUGACGGCCGCACGAUUGUCUCCAACAACGUUGUUCCUGCCGGCUGGUCCUUUGGCCAAACAUUCAGCGGCCUACAGUUCUAAACACCAAACAUUAAAUUAAACAAAUUAUAGUUACAUGUUUGUUUAGGGUCUAGCUACGGUUAUU